AUGAACGCGGAGGAAAGGAGAGACUCGAAUGAACAGGUGGCGGAGAAUAAGACUGUGAUGCGUGGUCCAGCUCCUCGUCCGCUGUCAGGAGUAUUGGAAACGAUGAUGAGCGCGGAGGAAAGGAGGGAACGGAAUGAACAGGUUGAUGAGAAUCAGAUUGUGAAAAGUGGUCCAUCUCCUUCUCCGACGUCAGGAUUAGGGGUAGAUUUGAUUGGGUUGGGGAAUAUGACCAAGAGAGAAUCCAGUGUACUGACUACGACAGAUCCACAGUCGUUGCCUUUGCCAGCUCGUCCUUUGCUUCAGUCGUCAGAGGAAAGGAGAGAAUGGAAUGAACAGGUGGCGGAGAAUAAGAUUGUUAUGCGUGGUCCAGCUCCUCCUCCGCCCUCAGGAGGGAACGUAAUGAACAGGUUGAUGAGAAUCAGAUUGGUGAAAAGUGGUCCAUAUCCUCCUCCGACGUCAGGAUCAUUAAAAGGGUUGAACUUGGAUCAACUGCGUGAGAUGUGGAACGAUAUGUACAUGAUUGAGAACAUAUCCAUGGACCAAAAGAGAGCACACAAUGAAGUUAUUUCCAAGGCUGUCCUGUCCAUGGUGCUGAAGAAGAAGCCAUUGUUACAUGAUGAUCUAUUGUUACCUGAUGAUCUGACUAAAAUGAUUCUGGAGCACCUUCCCGGAAAAACUUUGAUGAGGUUCUUGUCUGUUAAAAAGCAGUGGGCUGCGAUGAUAGAAAGCGAAAGUUUUAGGGAAACUUACAGAUCCACUUCGGAGAAGAAACCGAAGAUACUCUUCUCAGCCACAAUACCGGAAAAGCCCGAGUCUAAGUUAUUCACAUGCCACAGGUUUCUGUCCAUCCUCCAGGAGAAGCCCAACUCGUUUAUCCAAGAGCCAUCUUUACUUGCAGUGUUGAAGCGUGACUAUACCCAUAAAAUUUCUCAACCUACUGGUGGACUACUGUGUUGUUUCCGCCAUACUAAGUCCUUGGUUUGCAACCCGAGUAUUGGAAAACUUAUCGACCUGCCAGAUGUGGAUGACAAGUUGGUUUUCUUUACUGGAAUCAAUCCUGUUACCCGAGAAUUCAAGGUCCUGGCUAAGCCUGAAUCAUCUUCAACUGCUUGUGUUCUAACCUUCAUGACAGACAACACCACCCAAACCUGGCGAACUAUCGACACUGCUGGCCUCUGUCACAGCGCUCGUUCAUCAGGAAUCUACUUUGGGGGAUAUCUUUACUAUGUUGCACAUGUCUCGGAAGAAACGGCUGAUCUCCUUAUCUCCUUCGAUCUUGUGACUGAAGUGUUCAAGUUUGUGAAAUUGCCUGAUGAUCUGUUGACUGACUUUGAUGGUCAACCAGGUGAUAGGCUGGUGACCUUUAACAACCAAUUAGCAAUUGCUCAAGAUGAUGGUGACAGUAAUCUCCUUACUCUCUGGCUUUUGGAUGAUAAAUGUUCAUGGUUCAAACGUGAGAUCAUAAUUCCCUAG